CGCAACUCCUGCAACAGCUCAGUCUGAACUCGCGACCAGUCAGAAACAAUUACCGCGGACACGAAGAGGGCUCGAACACAAGACCGACACUAAAACGGCAGAGGAUACGGCCGCCGUGACCCAAUCACAGUUACCUUUCGAUCAAAGAAACUUCUGAGAAAUAAAGUAAUUCUGUGUUUUGUGGAAUUUUCUUGACCACCAGGCGUCUUCGUAAUGGAACUGGAGCUUCUUUUUAGAAACGAGACUGCGUCUGUUUAAGCAAUACAACUCGGAAAGGUUACACGCUUGGCACCCACUUUAAAAAUGGGGAAAACACAAAGCAGCGACUUUUUAAAGAGCUCGUAAGCGGGGCCGCAGGUGUGUGUGCGUGGGUGUGUAUGUGUUUACUCGCUCGCGCGCACGCUUCUGCCUGUGUGUCAGCGAGUGGCUGCCGCGCGUGGGACAGCCACAGAGGCAGAUCAGCCCUUUAACUUUGGGCCAAGAACUCAACGUGCUGACCGGCCUGCCCCUGUGGCUACACUCUACGGACCCAUUUUUGAAGCGCGGGAUAGCUACUACUGCGACACGACCACAAAAAAAUUCUGUGAGGUCCGCCCUCGACUCACAAGUGACACAGAUAAACUAGAGCCCUGAACUUCACGACACAUGCGCCGAUCGCGGAGCUUUUAUCAGUGAGAUUGUGGAAAAAAAAAAACAACAGGAAGAAAACAACACGGGACGCAGAGGGGAAGACUAAAAGAUUUCAUACGAGAUUGGAAGUCAUCUACAUGCAACGAGACAUAGAAGGACUGCAGAUCUUGAAGACGAUCGGCUCAUUUUAAGGAAUGGAGCCGCCAGUGGGCAGGGUUUGGUGUCUUUUAUUUUUAUUCUGUUCCUCUCUGAGGGCAGUUCAGCUUUCCAGUGCUACCAAUAAAGACACAAGCAGAAGGCCACGACAAGUCCCAGAGGUAUUAAUUCACAUAGGGGUCUGGGGGCAGUGGAGUCCCUGGUCUGCCUGCACACAAAGCUGUGGAUUUGGAAUUAUGGAGCGCAAAAGAAUCUGUCAAUCUCCAGUUCUAGAGGCCUGGCAAGAACAGGCAUCCCUGCCAUAUUCUCAGCAUGAUACACCACAUCGCAGGGUUUAUGGAUCAGUUGUAUCUGCUGUACGACCUGGGUCAAAUCAGGCAUACCCCUCAGUGGAUGCCUCAUUUUUCACAAGGCACACAGACAGAAACAGGCAAACAUCGAGCCAAAGCAGAUAUCCUUCAGCAGCUAGUCGCAACCCAAUAUCAGUAUACAGAUCUGAUUCUGAAACACAGGAUGCUCUUCCAAACAGACAAGAUUCAGCUUCUUUCCACCAUCAGGACCAGCUGGGAUCAAGUCAAAGAGUAGUUUCAUUGUACAGGCCCGAUUCUCACUCCGUAGGGGAUUCUGCAGCACAAUGGAGACCAAGUAUCGCUCAGGACCCUGGUCUGCCAUCACAGGGAUUUUCAGAAGCUUGGAGUUUGCCUAGAACCGAUAGCUUGACUUUUCGGGGCCAGAGGCAGCCAUCUGAGCAGGGAAGAGCAGGUGGUGGAUCCAGGCAAGGCAGCUCUGAGUCCCACUCCUCAAGAAGAAUCUCUGCUCGUAAUUCUAUCAGGCCAGGACAGUACGGUUAUGGCAAAGUCCCAUUUUCUUUACCACUUCAUCGAGACAGAUCAGAGCAUAAAGUACGUAAAAGCAGGAAAGCUCAUCAUAGGGAUGAGGAACGUAGGAAAGUCAGCCAGCACAAUUCCACCCAUGAUGAAGAAUCAAGGACCUUUAUGGAACUAGAUGAUCCUGAAAAACAUAAAUCAGAGAAGACACAACAUUCAGUUUCUUUACAUCCACAACAGCUCCUAGGAACAGUUCUGAGCAUGAACACAGAAUCUGGCUCCACUGGAAAGGAAAAAGGAAAAGAAUCCACAAGGUUGGUUGAAUUACAAAGGGAUUACUGGGGAACUCAACCCUUGCAUAACUUCACAAAAGAGGAUUUCCACAAGUCUGAUGAAUCUGUGUUUGAGCAGAGGCAGAGUGUAUUAGAGAAUCUGGAUACUGGCCUCAAACUGCUGAACAGUAGAAAUCGGAGAAGCAUGCAUGAAAGUCAGAGCCUUCUGAAUCCAAAACAACGAAGGGCAGCUGAAUCUGAGAAAACCAGUGAUGUGCUUGCAACUGUGUCCACACUCUCUCAAAGGAGUUCAGCUGAAACUUUACCAGAGGGAGCAACACAAGAAUAUAAGCACACGGAAAAGCCUCCGCGGGGAAGUUCUAGUAAGGGUCAACAAUUUUAUGGAGAAGUUUCUCAGUCAGAUGGACAUAUUAACCAGACUGUCUACAGUGCUCCUGCUUAUUCUUCUCAGGUUCGCAAACAGCAUGUCCUGAACAGUGCAGACACUAAGCAGUAUUCCCGCAGCUUGUCCAGGCCUCAUCAAGACACAUCUUAUGACCAUCUUAGAAGUUCAAGCCGAUUUCAUGUUCAGUCAGCUGCACCAGUUUCUCACUUGUCAAGAUCCAGAACACAGAGGCAAUGGGAUAGAACAUAUAUAGACCCCAGUGUUCAACCCCAGCAAGGUGCUCCUCGCUUCCCAAGACCAGAUAAUCUUCAGCAUGGUCCAAAUAUUUUGAAUCUGCAUUCUCGGGACUCUGCUCCUUUAAUGAAUUUCAACAGAGAAGGAGAGUUGGCUACAAAUGCAGAUGCAAUCUCAACAACCAACUGGAAUCUGUACAGUCCCAGAUCUGUUAGCUACACCUGUGAUGGGAAACAAAAGGAAUAUAAGUCAUGCCACUUGGAGCCAUGUCCUGGUGGACCUGUGGAUCCUAGAAAAGCACAGUGUUCAGCUUACAAUGAACAGGAGUACAUAGGCCGCAAGUAUGAUUGGGAGCCAUUCACUGAGGUAGGCAAGCAUGAGCGCUGUGAAUUGAACUGUCGGCCUAUAGGAUACAAGUUUUAUGUACGCCAUGCUGUGAUGGUCCAAGAUGGCACCCCUUGUCAGAGCAAUUCAUCUGAGAUUUGUGUUGUAGGAGAAUGCCUGAGCCCUGGCUGUGAUGGAGUCCUGGGCUCCAAUCGUGUUGUGGACAGCUGUGGUGUGUGUGGAGGUGAUAGUACUACUUGUCAACGUGUUGGUGGAACCUUCCAGAACUCUAGCAUACCCAUCGGCUACUACCGCUUUCUGGAGAUUCCUCCUGGUGCAACCCAUAUUAACAUCACUGAAAGAGAGCAGAGCCCCAACUACCUUGCUCUUCGCACUGCUAGCGGACACUCUGUGAUCAAUGGCCGGUGGGCGGUGGAUCCCCCUGGCCGUUAUGAAGCUGCAGGGACUGUUUUUGAAUACCGCAGACCAAAUGAAUUGGGAAGCAAUGCAGGAGAAACCUUGAUGGCAACCGGGCCCACCACAGCCAUGUUGUAUGUCUAUAUAAUAUUUCAUAAGAAGAAUCCAGGGGUAGAUUAUGAAUUUUACCUGCCAGUGGAAAAGAAAGCAAUGGCCCCGGUCCAGCAUCUGUUCAUCCCUCGGCAGCAAUUUACUCCAGCCCGUACAGGUUCCCUGUCCCAAGCAUCUCAACAGGGGCCACAGGAGCCUCCUUUAGCUGUGCCCCCUGCCCGGGAUCCUAUAUUGGUGCCAUCAGGAGGAGGUUACAGAGGGGAAGCACCGUCUCGUGGAACAGGACCUCAAAGAAAUGUACGCAUUCCGCCACGGACUGACGUGCCAUUAGACAGCCCCCCGGAUUACCAGUGGAUAAAAGCUGGUCUCACCGACUGUACUGCCUCCUGUGGGAAAGGUUUCCAGUACCCUGUGUAUCGCUGUAUUGAUCGCAAGACCCAGGAGAAGGUGCCUGAGAGGAGAUGUGAUCCAGCAGCAAAGCCUACCCCUACUGAAGAGUUCUGUAAUGUGCAGCCCUGUCCAGCUUUCUGGGAAGUUGGUGAAUGGUCAGACUGUAGUAAAACCUGUGGCCCCGGGAUCCAGCAUCGUCAAGUCCACUGCCGACAGGUCUAUGCCAAUAGGAGCAGCAUGGUUCACCCACAGCGCUGUGCCACACUUCAGAAGCCCAACAACACUCAGCACUGUCAGUUGCGCAUCUGUAGCCACUGGGAGAUUGGCACCGACUGGAGUGCAUGUUCCGUGAUGUGUGGUGUAGGUGAACGGACCAGGACUGUACGUUGCAUUAGUAAUCAAGGUUCUGUAGUGAAUGACAGAGAGUGUAAUGUUCAACUGCAACCCAUCUCCAGUGAGACUUGUGACAUGGGGCACUGCGUGCGUAGCUGGUUUUUCAGUAACUGGAACAACAUGUGCUCUGCAGAGUGUGGAACAGGAGUCCAGCGGCGAUCAGUAGUUUGUCUGUCAAACUACCCCAAUGGCCAAUCAGAUCAAGGAUGUAGUGGCACAAGGCCUCCUGAUCUACGGGCUUGCAAUGGGGGACCAUGUGAGCCCACCACCCGCUGGUUCACUGGACCCUGGAGUGAGUGUAAUGUGGAGUGUGGAAAUGGAACACAGCGCCGUGACCUCAUCUGUGUCAAAAAACUGGGCACGGAUUUCAACUUAACAGACCCUCAGGAGUGUGCUCAUCUUGAAAAGCCAUCCCAAAUACAGACCUGCAGCCCAGGGCCUUGCAGAGAAAAGUGGUACACAACCCAGUGGAGUGCGUGCUCUAGGUCAUGCAUGGGUGGUGUCCAGAUGAGGGAGGUGCGUUGUCUGACAGAACAAAACACCCUGAGUGAGCAGUGCGACGCCUCUGUGAAGCCAGUGGAAAAACAGUCCUGCAAUACUCAGCCAUGCACACUGGAAAUAGAUGAGAACUGCCGGGAUAAACACCACAACUGCUCCGUUGUGGUCCAGGCUCGCCUUUGUGUCUACGCCUACUACAAGAAUGUGUGCUGUGCUUCCUGCACCAGAGCAGCAGAACGGGCAAAGCGACACCAAUGAUGCACACUUUGACAAUGCCUUCUUGCCCUUCUGUCUCAAAAUGUAGAGUAAUAUAUUUAAAAAAGGUUAAUUUUUUGAAGGAUUUAAGGACAGAUUUCAUAAAGGUCUACUCCAGUUCAGAGUUUACAUUAAAGACAAACUGGAAAUGCUCAAGCUCAGCUGAAAUAAAUCUACCAGCAGUUAAUCCAAACAGAGUAACACACUGGAUUAUUUAUUUGAAGAAUGAUAGUGUUAAUAUAAACUUUGUACUGGAGGAUGUUCUAAGCAAAUCUGUUUUGAUGUGUACAUAAGAUGGCAAAUGUUGCUUGUUAUACAGGCUUGUAAACCAAAUAAUUUCAAUUGCUGGCAUUUCCCUUUCUCACUUUUGACAUUUCUGUUCCAUGUUUUUGUUAAAUAGGAUUAAAUGGGAAAUAUUUAGUCACUACAGGCAAAGGAAAUCACAGAUCAUGGGUCAAACAGAAUCAAGUUGCUGGGGUUGGUGAUGGCCACACACCCAGUGAAGUGUAUUCUUCUAUGGUUGAUGGCUACAACAGGUCAGUUGGUAAACCAACAAAGAAACAAGCUAUAACUGUGUCCUCUGUCACAAAUUCAGACUAGCGCAAAUGAGCAGACAUUGGCAGGACUCAGAUGGUGCAGUGCAGGUGGACUUUAUAAAAUAAACUGUAUUGGCUACAGUUUAUGUAGACAAUGUCAUGUUCUUCAGAAUAAUUCUAAGUUUGCCAAUAUUCUGACAUUUCUGGGAGGGUGAAUAUGGAAUAGACUUCAGGACCAUCUUGUCUUGCCCAAAAGGCAUGAUGACCAGGACAGACUUUGACAUAAUGCUGUGAAACAUGACCAGGAUGCCAUGUUCUUUUAGCAGAAGCAUGGUAUUAUUUAUUAUCAUUGUGCUCUUCUUAAAGCCAGCAGACCAGAGCACUCUAAGUGGCAACGAUGGCUGUACUUGCCAAAUAACUGUGCCUUCUUUAAAGCUACUUUCACCUUUUAUUUAUGAGGUUUUAUACACAAUCAGGAAUUUUAGGUGAUUUACUAUAUGACUAAAUACCUGGACUAAAAAAUGGCAAGAGGAAAACCAUUAUACGAUGACACGUGAGUGCCCCAUGGGUAAGUGCAUGAGGGAGGUACAAUAGGGAUUUGAGAUCUGUGUGGCAGAUCAAAUUACUGUUAAUUUGUACCCAUAAAAUUCUGUCACUCUUAUAAUAUUCAAUUGGUGAAAUAUCCAGUGUCAAAAUGCACUCCUUGGUAAUGACACAAUCCCAGUUAAACAUUGUUCUUUUGAAUGUGAGGAGUCCAGUCUCCCAGACCACCCUAUAACUUACAGCCUUGCUCCCAGAGGACAGCAUUGUAAUGGAGUAAAGCUCACAAUUUUGAUCUGUCCUUGUCGCUGGGUUGGUAUCUUUUCAAGGAUCUGCAGUUGAAUGGGGAGUCCAAAGAAAUCAUGCAAACUGGUGUUUGCAUACACAGCUCCCUGUUGACUACCAAAGAUACAUUCUAAGAAAGAAGUAUGAACACUACCACCAGUUCAGAAUGCACAUUAACAAAAAAGAAACAUAUACUGGAGCUGUUUUCAGGUUGUUUCAGCAGUAGUGUUAGGGUUUAUUUGAACUUUUCUCCAUUGUGAGGAUCUUUCUUUUCUUCUUCUUAGUCACAGAUUGACUAUUGGAUCUCAUUACUGUAGGGAUCAUUCCAUUACAAGUGAUGCAGUGCUGUUCCCACACAGAAUCGAUGAUUUUUGUCAUAUUUUGUAUGCCAACCUCUCCACAGCAACCACCACCAGCACAUCAUUUUCAACAUCUGAUUUAUAGUGUGGUAAUCCAUGCACCUCUAUGAAUUUUCAAGAGAUAUACAAAGUGCCUUAACUUUAAUAAAAUGGAGUGAGUGUUGUAACUUCUCAGAUAUCUCCAGCUCUCUUUAGCUGUUUGUGAGUGCAUCUCGUGUUCAUUCCAACAUUCGCCAAUAGUUGAGGCAGGGUCUCCACCACAACAACAGUCCCAAAGCUGCAGGACGAUGUGGAAAGGCAGAAUGACCAAAUAAUCACAGUGCUUGUCAAAAAGACAAUAAGCAGAAGCCAUACUAUAAGAAGGCCACUCAGAGCUGAUAUAUUAACAUCAUUGUUUAAGGGGUAACACAAGCCUUUCCUUGUCAGUAUUGUUGUCUACAUGUUAUACAUUUUAGAACUUUUUUAUAUACAAAGUGACUUAGUUUCCUUGUUUUGUGUUUUAAGCUUGGUCUGAAAAUGUGUCUUUUUAAUGGUCAAAGCAAAACGCAUUUAUUUUAUGUACAACUAAUUUAUUUUUCAAGAAAACCCUAUAGAGAUAUAUACUGAAUAAAAAGUACUUUCUAUGUUUAAAAACUGCAAUGUUAAUAAAAGCCAGUGAGUGCCAGUGUGCCUUUUGUUAUCAA